AUGAAUACACAUACUCGAUAUAAAGAUAAACUUAAAUCAAUAAUUGGAUUAUAUGAAAAUCUUAUUCUAUUGCGAUGUCAAUUAGAUCGUCAUGGUUCAUUUCAUGGACUAGUUGAAUAUGUUCAAGAAAUGGCAACAAAUUGUAUGAAAUAUUCAUAUUUUCCUCUUCAACAGAUUCUUGCACAACAUUCCGAUUGUUCAAAGCCUACAUUUCUUGAUAUAUCUUUUGAUUUUGUUACUAUUGAAAAGAAAAUAAUGAUUGGUAAUAGUGCGCUUUGUAGUAUUCCAUUAUCAAUUACAAUGGAUGAAGAUGAAGAUGUAAACAAGUUUGAUUUCAUUCUUACUAUUCAAUAUGAUCUCAACAUAAGUCAAUUCUCAUGUACAAUUAAUGCAUCACUCGAUUUAUUCAUUCAGGAGACAAUAAAUAAGAUUUCACAACAAUUUCAUUCAAUAUUAUAUGACUUGUUUACAUCUGUUAAUCAUAUAAUAUUACCAAAUGAAAGAUUACUUAUACAAUCAAUGAAGAAUACACAAGUAUUAUUUCCUUCUGCCACUUGUAUGCAUCAUGAAUUUAUUUAUCAAGUAAUACAACAUCCACAAAAAGUAACUGUUGAACUUGAUGAACAAUCAUUAACAUAUACAGAAUUUUUAUAUUAUGUUCAACAAUUUUCUCUCGUAUUAUUAAAUAAAUACAACGUAAAAUCGAGUGAUAUUAUUUGUCAAUGUGUAGAGCAAAGUUUAUUUAUGGCCAUUGGCAUUUUAUCAAUUAUUAUGGCUGGUGGUGCCUAUUGUCCUUUAUCAUCACAAGAUCCUUCACAACGUCUACAAAUUCUUGUGAAAGAAACUCAAAGUAAUUUAGUUCUUGUUGAUUCGUCUACACGCAUUCUUUUUGAAAUCGAUAUUGUAACUUUAAAUAUUGAAACAAUUAUAAAUAAUGAAGCAAAUUCUACUAGUAUUCAGCUGAAUCAAAUGUCAGAUGUACCAAUAGCAUCAGAAAAUAUUCUCUUUGUAAUUUUUACUAGUGGAUCAACUGGUAUUCCGAAAGCGGUUCAAUUGCAUCAUCGAAAUUUCACUCAAUUUUUACGCUCAUUUGUUUAUGUUGAUAUAUUAACAAAAAUUGAUACAAUAAUACAGAUGGCUCGAUGCUCAUUUGAUAAUCAUCUAUUAAGUCUUGUUGGUACAUUAACUAUUGGAGCUACAUUAGUAAUGCUUCGACCAGAAGGUCAUAUGGAUUUAGAUUAUGUUGCACGAGUAUUGGAUGAAAAACAGAUUACUGUUAUGCAAGCUGUUCCAUCUUUAUGGAAUAGUGAAGUUCUCAACAAUAAACUAGUUAAUCUAUUGAAAAGCCAAGUGAGAAAUGAAUGUCAAAUUCGAAAUCAUUAUGAUCCAGCUGUACUUAUUAUUAAUUGUACCAAUCAUCUAAUUGAUCUAAAUAAAGAUCAAACAAAUAUUCCCAUAGGUCGAUCUCUUCCUAAUUAUAAAUUUUUAAUAUUAGACAUAUUUUUACAAACUGUUGGUAUUGGACAAGAAGGAGAAUUAGUUGUUGGAGGUGUUGGUGUUUUUGCUGGAUAUCGUGGUCGUGAUGAUUUAACAGCUCAAGUAAUGAUUAAUAUUAAUGAGCAAAUAUUUUAUAAAACAGGUGAUCUUGUUCAAAUGGAUAGCAAUGGAUUGAUUCAUUAUGUUGGUCGAAGAGAUUUUCAAGUGAAAUUACGUGGACAACGUAUUGAAUUACAAGAAAUUGUACAAUGUUUACGUAUGUUAAUAUCUAUUACUACAUGUGUUGUUAUCAAAUGGGAUGAUAAUCAUCUUAUUGCUUAUGUUCAAAGUGAUAACAUUAAUGUUGAACAAUUACAUUAUCAUUGUCAAUCUAAUCUACCAUCACAUAUGAUUCCAUCAAUAUUUGUUAUACUUGAAAAAUUACCUUUGAGUCCAAAUGGAAAAGUAGAUCGAAAACGCCUUUCACCUCCAGAUUUAUCAUUAUUGACUCUCUCAUCAACAUCAUCAUCAACAACAACAGCAUUAGAAAAUAGAUAUAAUCUUCCACAAAAUCAAUUACAAAAACAGAUACAUGAUAUUUGGUGUGAAAUUCUUCGAUGUAUUGGACAACACAUUUUAACAACUGCAAAUUUCUUUAGUAUUGGUGGUCAUUCACUUUUAUUUAUUGAACUUCAUCAUCGAUAUCAACAAUUGUAUGAUUUUGAUAAUCGUGUACUUUCUAUUGCCUUAUUUCUUCAACAUUCACAAUUACUUAAAUCUAUUACAAUCAAUCAAAUGAAAUCAGAACAUUGGCAAACACUACAUAUCAAUCAAGGUAUUGCAUCUUUUGCUCAAGAACGUAUUUUUCUUGAUGAACAAAUACGUUUUUCUAAUAAAAUUGCUAUCUAUAAUGAAUUGACUGCUUUAGAAAUUAUUCAAGGUUCAAUAUCAAUAAAUCGUCUAUUAGAAGCUAUUGAAUAUAUUUUAAAUAAACAUAAAAUAUUACGCACAUUUCUUACUCUCAACUAUGAUAAUGGUAUUCUUGAACAACAUAUUGGUGAUAAACAUCAUAUAUUUCAAAUUGUUCCCAAUCAAACAAUUAUCAGUCCUAAUUUAUUUGAUAUAUCAACUGGUCGUGUUUUUCAUUGUGAAGUACUUCGACAAGAACUCAUAUCUGAUAAUAAUAAUACUAGAUUCAUUACAGAUUCUGAUAUUCUUCUUAUCGCAUUUCAUCAUGCUGCAACAGAUCGGUCAGCUUAUCAACUUUUUCUAAAUGAUCUUUGUUUUGCUUAUAAUAUAAAUGUGAAAUGGACAGAUGAUGAAGAUUUAUUACAAUAUAUUGAUUAUUCUGUUCAUGAACGUUUAAUUGAUAUGAAACCAUCACGUGAUUUUUGGCUUCUAGAAUUGAAAGAUUAUUAUUUUGAACAUCGAUUAUCAUUAUCGACUGAUCAACAUUGUUUAUCUAAUGAUCAACGAUCUGGUUUUGCUUCAAUUGCUCAGAUUUCUUUUGAUGAAAAUAUUUCAAAAUCAUUUCUUAAUUAUGUUUCUACACAUCAAACUAUUCCAUUUCUAUUAGGUCUGAGUAUAUUAUAUGUUUUUCGUUUCAAAUUAACGCAUGGCGAAAAUGAUUUAUGCAUUUCUUUUCUUAAUGCGAAUCGAUACAGAAGUGAAUUACAAAAUAUAAUGGGAAUGUUCGUUUUAGCACUUUCAUGUCGUAUGCAGAUUAAUUUUCAUUUACCGUUUGAUGAACUUGUUAAAUGUGUACAAGAAAAAUAUAAUGUCAAUUUAAAACCAAUUGAAUUAAAACAAUCCAUUGAAAUUGCUAAAUUUGAUUUUGCAUUAACAUUUAUUUAUAAUCCAAAGUUAAAUGAUGAGAUGUUAUCAUGUCGUUUUGUUUGUUCACAUGAUCUAUUCGAAGAUAUGACAGUUACAAAAAUUGCUCGACGAUUUCAAUAUCUUAUUGAACAACUAUUUUCAAUGGAUUCUAAUAUUAAUCAAACUGAUAUUCUUGUUGUACCUAUUACUAAACUUAGUCUUAUUUUACCAGAAGAAGUUUAUGAAAUGGAACGAAUAGUUUUUUGUCGACAACCAGAUAUUAUAAAUGAAGCACCAGCAUCAUAUGCUCAAGCACGUAUUUGGCUUGAUGAACGAAUUCGUAUUGAUUCAAAAAAUUCACAAGUUGCCAUAUAUAAUAUGCCUUUUCUUCAUCGACUUUCAUCGGGUGGUACUCUAUCAAUAUCUGAACUUCGUCAAGCUUUACAACAUGUUCUUAUAAAACAAUCUGCUCUUCGUACAUCACUCUAUUUUGAUACAAAUAAAAAUAUAUUGAUGCAAAAGAUUAUUGAUCAUACUGAUAACAAAGAAUUAUUUACAUUUAUUGAAAGUACUUUCGAAACAGAUGAAGAUCUCAAUAAAAUUAUGCAUAAUGAACGUGGGAAUCCAAAUAAUUUUAAUCUAUUAACUGGUGUUGUUUGUCGAUGUCAUGUUCUUUAUUAUAAAAACAUUUCUCAAAAAGGAAUCAUUUGUGAAAAAGAUGUACUAAUCUUUAAUUUUCAUCAUGCUCUAUCUGAUUUUCCAUCAAUGAAAAUGUUUCGUCAAGAUCUUGAUCAAGCAUAUACAAUGGGUUACUUGGAAAAUGAUAAUAAUACAACUUUGCGUUAUCUUGAUUGUAUGUUAAGCCAAAAUUCAUCUGUACUUAAUCAAUGUCAAGGUGAUAAACUUACAAUUGCUUAUGGUUCAAUAUUAAUUCAAUCAAUACUUGUUUAUUAUUAA